AUGAAAAGUUUCGCGAUAAUUCUCUGUGUGAUUCUAUCCGUUUGCCAAAUAAAGGCGUACUCCCUGGACCAGCGUCAACAAGGUGACAUUUUCGCGCUGGAAUGCCUCGCAGAAACCGGAGUAAAUCCAACUUCGAUAGCCCUGCUCAAGGUGGGCGAUUUUUCAGCCGACGAUCAGCGGUCCAAGUGCUUCGUGCGAUGCUUUUUUGAAAAGGAAGGAUUUAUGAACAGCAAAGGCGAUUUACUGACCGAAAGCAUGGUUGAUGCAUUGGCUAGUGAUUUUGAACGAGAGAAAGUAGCAGCGGUGCUGUCGAAAUGUCAAGUGGAAGAGCAGAAGGAUGCCUGUGAUACUGCUUUCAAAGUUUACGAGUGUUUGUACAAAAACAAGGACAGUUUAUGA